AUGGGAAAGGGUCCUGGUUCCUUCUCAGACAUUGGCAAGAAGGCCAAGGAGCUUCUUUUCAAGCAUUACGCUUACGAUCACAGCAUCAACAUCUCCACAAAGACUGAUUCGGGCCUGAAGUUUCAAACCGCAUCAGUGAAGAAGGGAGACGAGGUGUCGUGCGAUGUGAAGACCGAGGUCGAGAUUGGAAACGUUGAGGCCGAGUUUAAGCUUGAUACGAAGUCCAAGCUUUAUUUCAAGGCCGUUUACGAGGAUCUUGCUCCUGGUCUGAAGCUUGCCCUAACUGGAAUUGUUCCGGAUUCGAAGGCCACCAAGGCAGAGCUGACCUACAAGCAAGAGUUGCUACACGUGAAUGCCACCGUGGGUCUUGUUACACAACCCGUUUUCGAGGGUGCUCUUGCCGUCGGAACCAAGGGUGUGGUUGUCGGUGCUGAGCUUGGCUACGACACUGCCACUAACAGCGCGACCAAGUACAACCUUGGCGUGGCUUACUCCGAAUCCGAUUUCUCUGCUUCCUUGUUGAUUGCUGACAAGCUGGAUACGUUGAAGGCUGCCUAUUUCCAGAAGGUGAAGAAGGACGUUGAGGUUGCUGUUGAGGCAGCGCACAAACUCUCCAAAAGCGACACAACUUUCACAGCAGGUGCUUCCUUCGAGCUUGAUCCCCUCACAGAGGCGAAGCUGAGGUUCAACAACCGUGGCACAGUUGCUGCUCUCCUCCAGCACGAGUUCCGGCCCAAGUCUAAGGUCACCAUUGCAGGAGAGGUUGACUCCAAGGCUCUUGACAAGUCAGGCAAGCGAGCCAUUGAGUCAGGCAGUGCUAGUGCAAUGGCGUUGAAUUCCGCUGUAGCCGCCUCGGCUCCAGGCAAGGUGCUCCUAGUGGGAGCGUACCUUGUGGUAGAGCCUCCUAAUCAAGGCCUCGUACUCGCCACGAACGCGCGCUUCUACGCCAUUGCGCAGCCGCUAAUCGCCGAGAGGGAGAAGCAGGUUACGGAAUCAGCGGAAACAGCAGAUGCGGGCAGAGAGAGCCUGAUGACCGUUUGCGUGGAUUCGCCUCAACGAGGCAGCUGCUACUUCUUCGACCUGUCCCUUGCAAAUCUCGAAAUCAGCAACCGCAGGGAAGGUGACGCCUGUGCGGGUGAAUGCACAGGACAGAAAGGUCAAGCGGAGGAAGGCAGCGCGCAGAGGGUUUCAGGCAACCCUUACGUGGAAAGGGUGGUUCAGGUGGCUGUGGGAGCUGCCCUGGGGGAGACAGGCGGAUUGAGGGACGGAGCAACGGACAAGCGGCAGCUGAGGGAGCGGCUGACGAGUGCAGGAGUGCGCAUCACGAUUGCAGGAGACAACGACUUUUAUUCGCACCGCCACACUCUGCAACAGAUGGGCCUGCCGCUCUCUGCGUCCUCCCUCGUCCGCAUCCCCCCCUUCGCCCCGAUCGUGGCGAAGACAGGGCUGGGGUCGUCUGCCGCCAUGACUGCUGCUGUCUCCGCCGCCCUGCUGCGCUUCCUCGGCGUGCUGGAGCGCACAGGGAGUGGCGCUGCUGAUGAGGGUUCUCAGGAGCGGGCCAUGGGGAGUGGAGCGGAGGAGAGCUCUCAAGGGGAGGCGGUGGGGAGUGCGGGGACGGUGGGGAGGGAGGAGGUGGUGCAUCGGGUGGCGCAGGUGGCGCACUGCCUGGCGCAGGGCAAGGCGGGCAGCGGGUUUGAUGUGGCAGCUGGCGUGUUUGGGUCCAUGUGCUACCAGCGCUUCAACCCGUCCGUCAUGCAUGCCCUCAUGGUGGGUGCUCUCGUGCUGGGUGCUGCCGUGAUGGUUGCUGCCUUGCUGUGUGCUGCCAUGAUGGUUGCUGCCUUGCUGUGUGCUGCCAUGAUGGGAGCAGAGGCAGCAAUGACAGUGAGCAGCAUAUCAGCCACACUGCGGUCGCCUCUGUGGGAUCACACCAUCGCUCCCUUGCACCUCCCACCAGGCCUUCUCCUGGUACUGGGCGAGCCAGGCACAGGGGGUACCGCCACACCCUCCAUGCUUUCUGCUGUCAUGAAGUGGCGGCGGCAAUCACCAGGAGAAGCAGAGCCCAUUUGGGAAGGCCUAAAAGAGGCCAAUGCGGCAGUGUCUGCUGCUCUCUCACACCUGUCCCUUCUCGCUCGCACCCAUCCAGACGCCUUCUCCACCACUCUGAACCGCCUGCAGCACGUGCCUCUCACUGCAGCAACCCCAGUGGCGCCUGUUGCUGCCGCAACCCAGGUGAACCCUUUGUGUGCCACCUAUGAGGCAACGGGAGAUCUCCAGGCUGAGGUUGAGGUAACUCUGGAGUCUACUCAACAGUUGCAAGCAGGCACAUCGGUGCAUGGUAGCAGCGACAUCAGCCACACAAGCAGGGCCAUCAAACCACACGCACCACAGCAACCACAGGAACAUCAAGAAUCGCAAACAGAACAAGAGCAGCAAGGUGGUGACAUCCGGAAUACCAUCCUACACGCGCUUCUCACCCUGCGGUCCUCCUUCCUCUCAGUGCGCCACCUGCUCUCUGCCAUGGGCUCUGCUGCCGCCACACCCAUCGAACCCCCCCAGCAGACCGCACUUCUUGACGCCACCAUGCAGCAGCCGGGGGUGGUGAUGGCGGGGGUGCCGGGUGCAGGGGGAUUUGAUAGUGUGUUUGCGGUGGUGGUGGGAGAGGAGGCGGCGAGGAGGCUGGAUGGGAUGUGGGCUGGUGCCUCUUCCACCCCUCUGUUCCCACUUUCACGGCACCUGACGGGAAACCUGACGAGGGAACCUGCCAAGGCUCUGUGA